CAGGCUCUGAGGGCACAACGACCAUGAAGGCUUUUCUGAUUGCCGUGCUGGCAGCAGUCCUGUGUGCUGAGCAAGCUUCCUCGCUGUUUUGCUACACGUGCGACAAUGAGCACUCGAACUGGAACUGUCUUAAAACCUAUAAGUGUGAAGACCAUGAGAAAUUCUGUACAACCACAUACAGCUCUGCUGGGUUUGGCAAGGACGUGGGAUACCGCAUCACCAAGAAAUGUUCUGUAGACUGUCCUGAGACGAAUGUGAACUUCGGUGUGGCGGCUUUUUCCACCAAAUGCUGUAGUACCUCCUUGUGCAAUUUCAGUGGUGCCAACAGCAUAAAAACCAGCUAUGCCGUGAUGUUCCUGGGAAUUGUGGCCAGUUUGAUCUGUGUCACCAGGGCAGGAUUGUGGUGA